GCGGUACUUUGAUAUGUCUGCAGCCAACCAAUUUUUUAUGGGGAGAGUGAUUUAUCCUUUACUCUUUUGAUUAUUGCACACCUAAUUUAGUUUAGAUACCCUUUACAUCCUGGGGCCCCGCAUAAGCAUGGAAUUCUUUCCUCAUCAUUGGUCUCCCUUUCGAAUUUAUAGUCGUAAGUUAGCUCCUCGUUGGCUGCAAUAUCGCGCAGAGCGUAAAUAACAAUUCUUUUCUUUCCUUCCACCUUGAUGAUCUUUGCCGUGCAAGAAGGUACGCAACAAUGAUUAAUGAAGCGAGCUAUGCCUCCCUUUUUGGAUGCAUCAAUAACGGUGUUCUCAUCAAUACGGAACAAAUAGGACGAGCCAAUGCCGGAUCGAAGGUAUUUCUUUUCUCUGACUUCGGCAACUUGUUGCCGAAUUCGCUCUCCGACAUACUCUAUAAUCAUCUCUUUCGCAGCAAUCGGCUCUAAAGCAUACAGACCCCAGUUGUGGAUGGCCGAUCUGGCAAACUGUACAGGUUUUUUCCGUUUUGUCAGCUGGUUCAGGUCCAAAAUAUCCGUUUCGGAGCCCAACAUCUGUUUCUGGGCACUGAUGUCCGCCGCAAACCGACGAUUAUUAGCCCUAUUAACCCUAGAACUUUGUAUUGCUUGCGUCUCACCCUCGUCUUCGUUUUGAACAGUAUUCAGAAGCUUAUGGGCUUUCCGGCGAUGCAAUAGGUACUCGCUCUUUACCUUGUCGGGUAUUUUGUAGUAGCCUUGAGUGCGGAAGCUGCCAGUUGAAUUUUGCAGUUUAUCGUUCCUCAAAAUUUCUUGUGAAAACUCAAUUGCUUCCGCAUCUUCUGCACUUGUCUCAGUCAUGGAGCUUAGAUGCUUAAUUUUCUUCACAUAUUCUUUGUGUUUCCAGGCCCAAAGCUUGACAUCUUUAAUCUCUUCGCUCUUUGGUAAGUCUUCGAACGCUCUUCGUGCGAAAGCAAAAUCCUCAUCAUCAUGAAUGAUAGCUUGCAAGCUGUUCAAAUCAAAGCCCAUCUUACUAUAAUCGUCAUCAUACACCGUCCUAGCCACAUCAUGAGAAGGCUUGUAUAGCUCGCUAACCAAAUGGUCUUUCUUCCGAUCAGCCCCAGAUUCCUCAUUCUGACGAUCCAGUGACUCAGGUGACGUUGGCUGCGACGUGACUUUAGACUCUGGAAGAUCUUGAAUAUCUUCCUCAUCCGAGGAAGAAGUGGUUUCUAUGGCAAUCAUCUUUUGUUUCUUGGAAGCUUUAUUUUGGUCCCCAUCCUCUGAUUCGUUGUCAGAGUAGUUCAGCGCAUGAGCCAUAGGAACAGCAUUAAGCUUACGUUUGUACCUAUUCUCCACAGGCUUCCUCCUGAAAGUAGAUAGCGAUGAUAUAGGAAUAGAUUGGUGCUGAACGGUGAAUGCAGAGACACCCACAUGCCCAUUCAGGGAGUCUGCCUUGGUUUCUUUAGUAUCCUCUUUUUCCUUCAGAUAUUUUUCCAGAACAGAUUUGUACUUGUUGCUAUCCAACAACGAAAGCAAUUUGGGGCCGAUUACUUUCUCUCUCAAAUCUUUGAGCAAAUAGUCAUGAAACUCCCUGAUUAACACUGCUUUUGCUUGACCAGCGUGGCCAAUUCUUUCACCAAUCUUUGUCUGGUUCAUCAAUUCAUCAGGAACCACGAAGUCCAUGUACAGUUUGUAUUUGGAGAAAGGCCUUCCGUCUUCUUCGUCAAAGCAUUUUUCAGCAUCCGCAAUAUUAUUAAACACAACGUAGAAGCCCGAUUUGUGAGUUAAAAUUCGGUCGAAAUUGUGCCCAGAAAGAAGCUUUCGUAUGUCUGACGAGUUCACAUUACGAGUGUUAACAAAUUUAUCUGGAAUGAGAAGAAAUGGCCUAUUCGCAAUGUGUUUAUCAAAGUUGAACGGAAGAGUGACCGAGGACAAAGUUCUCACAUGACGAUCAUGAGCCGAAAGCUUCACAGGCAGCUGAUCCCGGCCCGUCCUAUUGAGUUUUUUUCGUUCUUCUCGCUCUCGUCUCUGCUCUUCCCUCUCUCUCUUUUGUUCGUCGCGUUUCUGCAUCAUCUGCAGCUCCUGCUGGCGUCUUCGCUCUUCUUUUUCUUUCAUCAGCUGCUGUUUCUUGGUAUCUAGAAUUCGAUUGUAGAUUGUAUUAAACAGUUGAUCGUUGUUGUUAAGUCCACAUCGAAGGUACUGGCCUCCGAUCUGCAACUUUUUGUGCACUGCCUCGACUGCUUUGGUGGCCGCUUGAUGCGCUGACUCAGGAUCUCCAUCAUAUUCUAAUACGCACAAACCUAGUGGGACUGCCGUUAAGGGGUCGUCAAUCCCCCUCAGGUCCGAGAUUUUCCCAAACUGAGCAAAAUUAUUUCUGAUGAUCACGAGCGGAGUGGUGGUCGGAAAAUUCCAGAUGACAAGUUGUGAUGAUGGCUCGGGCCCCACAGAAUAUUUAUCGUACUUAAAUUUGGGUAUGAGUAAAGAGGUGUGGGGGCGCCGCAGUAGCUUUGGUAUCUUUUGCAGCGCUUUUGGUCGUGGGUCCUCACUUAGUCCUCGGUCGCGGUCUGUGAAGAUAUAUAUGGGUUUUGAGCCUUUUGAUGGAUCCUUUCGCAAGUCUGGGUCGUAAGUGAUUUUGAAGCUGCGGUGCUGUUUGUCUUUGCCAACUUCAGCAGCUCUUUUGUCCGCACGAUGGUUUUGACUAGGAACAGACGAAUAGUCGUAAUAACGCAAGAGAGGUGAGCUUUCGCUCCUUAUCGUAUCUGGGGGAGUUGGGUAUCUGCCAUGUGAUCGAUGCAAUCCACCGUUUUGCGGAUCUUCCCGAAGUGGCCCCCGGUACGCGUUUCUAUGAAAGACCAUGCAGAUAAAUAAAAUACCAAGCAAUUUGAUAUUUAAAAAAAUCGGGAAAAUAGCGUGAAGCACACAGAUUUAUGUCGCGCUUUGUUGCCGCAGAUGAGGUCAAUGACGAGGAUUUGGCGAACCAGGAGGCACAUGAGGAGAAGCUUUUGAGUGCUUUCGAGCAGGAGAAGAGCAAGGAGGGGCGCAGGACGCUCGCGCAGCAGCUAAGGGAGAACAGGCAACAGAAAUACAAGGAAUACAAGGACAGCAUGGAGGAGGAAAACUCUCUUUACAAGUGGACUGAAAGAGAUAUGGAAUAUUAUGGUAAACUUGAAGAAGAACGAAGGUCUAAGAGAUUGAAGGAGAAAGCAGAUAUUGAAAGGGAGAUCACGACUUACAAGCAAGCUAUAAGAGCGCGCGAACGAACAGAAAGCAGCUCCAUCCUUAACGAGCUCGAAAAAAUCGAAGCUAUGGAAGGACACAAACGAAGAUACUACACAAAAGACAGAGCUUAUAGAAUCAAGAAGCAGAAAGCCGCAGCGAAUGGUAACAACUCUGAUCGCGCUCAGCUGCCAGACAGCAAUUCUGACACCGCAGGCCGGAUUCCUAAAACUCGCUCACAAAAGGAGACGUCUCUUAGCCACCAAAGAAGUCAAGUGUCAUGUUCUCCAAAAAACUCCAUUCAGUCGCAACUUGGCUAUUCCUCGGAGAGCGAAUAAAUUAUAUAAAAUUCGUAAAAUUUUGUCCAUCCAUUUUCAUGUUUUCGCUUUUUCGCCCGUUGGUCCAAUUUUCAUUUCCACAACUGACCCGUGGACUUGCGAAGACGCACCGUGCCACUUACAAAAGAUGGCGUAAGACAGGCACUGGCUACAAGCGUGGAUUGCAGGGCCGCAAACACGGAAACGCUGGCCACCCGCACAGCAUCUUGAAGAGGAGAACUGGAAUUACCUACGCUAACCAUAUCCAAGAGAAGCAGCUCAAGCGUCUAAUGCCCUACCUGUGAAACAAUCACCAGAUCUGUAUAUACAAAAAUUAAUACAAACGAAUUACUGACGAACUGCAAUCUUAUGAGCGAUUGAUCUAUGCAUGCAAAGAGGAGGAGUCCAGCUCACCGUAUUCAUGCCACCCCUCCUCGUUUUUCAUCUCCACCGUCUCAAAGUAGUGGUAGUUGACUUUGAGCGUUUGUGCAAAUGGGACGUUGUCAAAAGACACGAUUCUUAACUUGCAAUAUGAAUUGUCUUUGAUUUCUUUCACGACCUUAACAAACUCGUCCAAUGUGGGUGUUGGUUUUUCAUUAACAUGCGUGAUGAAAUUGGUGACACCAAUGGUGUAUAAUCUGGAGGGAGAUCCUGGCGCCAUGGCCGUACAAUAAACUUUAGAAGGUAGCUGUUUGAUCACUUGUCUUACACCAUGAUGAGGCUCCUGUAACACGGCACCGGCCCAAUAGACCACGUGCUUAGUGACAAAGGAGCUACUCAAAACCAAAGGAACAUUGAUGUCCAUGAUUUGCUUGUUUCUGACGAUUUUGAACGAAAUCUCGUUUACAUUCUCGUCGAGGUCUCGGAUAACAUGGUCAAUAUCACGAAAUUGUGUGAUGACUCGAUUAUUUGCACUCAGCACAAUAUCUCCAUGUCUGAGACCGCAGGAGGGUUUGUUAUCGAGUGAAAUGCUAACCUUGGGAACGCUGAGCAGUCUGGGUUGAUCUGCAGACUUUUCUUCAAUUUUUGUGAUCCACUCCUGCGGAACACCACUGAUUCUAGCAUUAACGAUAGGGAUGUUACCAAAUUCAGCAUCAAUGAAUUUGAGUUCCGGGACCUGCUGGGUUUUGAGGUUUUCGAGUUCCCAGAGCACAUCUGUAGCGUCCAGCCCCAUGGAAUAGGUCUUGUCUUCGUCCGCGUCGAAGGCGAGCCAAAACGCACGGACCAGCCCACUGGGGUCACAGAGAACGCCAGAACCACAUUGCUGGCCUAAGUUAGAGUCAAUUAGCAGGGCUUCGAAAUUGGAGGCCUUGAAUCUGGGGGAGGUGACAUUAUUCGGAAGAUGUAUGAUCCCAAUGUCACUAACUUUUGUUUCGUCAACAACCACCCUUUGGGCUCUGUUGUGACCAAUAAACACCACUUUGUCACCUCUUCCCAAAGGCUUCUCGCAGAAUUGGGGAGUUUGCAAAGGAGCCAAAAUUAGUUUGGGAUCGUAUUUCAAAAUGGCAUAUCCCUUGGUUGGGUGUAAAAAGACAACCUUAGCUGGUACUAUGAUCGAUUCUGCAACGGUCAUAGUAACGUCCAGGAGGUCAUGAGGCACACAGUACCUCGAAGCAAGAAGAUAUCCGUUGGUAGCAUCAAUCACAACGGCAUACGACUUGCGAGACUGUCCACUGAACGAAUCCAGCGGGACAGGCAUGGUGCUCUUUAACAUCACCAAAGAACGAUCGAGUUGCUUACAACCUUCAAAUUCGAUCGGAAGCCCCACAAAUUUAGCAUUUUUCGGGGACAGAGCCGGUGGUGGUAAUGGUUUCUCUUGCAGAGUUGUGAAGUCCCAAAGACCAGUCGUGUCGUUUCUUUCUGCUAAACGGAAACUAGAGUGCCAGUGGCGAUCGAUUUGGACGAUUUUGAUAAUUGGGACAUGAAGGUCCGUAAGAUGGCGGCACUUGACGGUCACGAAAGCAGAGUCCGGGAUUGAUUUCAUAACCUCGAUGAAUUCGUCGAGAUUAGACACAUCUUUAUCGUCAAUCGAGUCCAAGAGCCAUCCAUUAGGAACAUUGGUGCCCAACACAAAAGAGCCAGCGGCAUUGCUCACGUGAACACCUUUCACUGCCACUGCAUAAAUUCUAGCGAGUUGGUAACUCAGAUCAUUGAAAGUCGCACCGCAAACGGUGACGUACCUUCUGGGUGUAAUUGAGUGAAGAUCUCCAACAGUACAGCGAACAGUUAAAUCUUUGCCGCCUCUCUGAAUGACUAUCUCAAUCUCUUUGCCGACAUGAGUAUCCAGAAUUUCGUCCACAGUGAUGAAUGUAGAUAUCAACUCUCCGUUGAUAGAUAUCAAACAAUCACCUUCUCUUAUUAGCCCAUCAGCAGGGCCUUCAGGUAACGUGACAGCAGAGACCAGAAGACCAUUGAGACUCGGAAACUUUUCUCUCAUCAGUUUUUCUGUCUCUGCGCGAAGUCCCAGCCGGCGACAUUUAUCGAAAGGUUCCAAUAGCCAUUGAACUUGAAUACUUCCUCUCGUAAUAGGCUCGUUAUUCUGGAUGCAUUUCAGAGCGCGAAGAACUCGAUACACAGGCAGAAAAAAGUCUGUAGAGGUUUCUGUAUUACCUCCUGCUUGUAAAGCCACCGCAUGGCCAUCUAUAUUGACAACGGGGGAACCCGAGGACCCUCCCGAAGCCGAAGCUGCUGCUUGCAAAUAUUCUGUGUUGAAGUCGUUGUAUGAGUUAAUACCAUAGUCUGGGGCAUUUCUGUCAAGUCGUGAGAUAAAACCGGAAAGUAUAGAAAGUUUUUCACCCGAAUCGUUGCCUAUGACCAUUAUUUCUGCUCCGAUCUUGGCAAGAUCUGGCCUUAACUGUAAUUCACCAACAUCCAUGUAUUUUAUAUCUGCUGGGUUAUAUCUCAGAAAUCCAAAGUCGUGCACGGGAUCCCUGUAGAUUGGUUUGACCUCGCAUUCUUCAUGGUUAUCAAACACGGCAUAUCCAAUAAAGGGCCCUGGUCCAACGACAUGUCUAUUAGUCAAAAUUAUUCCCAGUUUUGCGUCAACAACAAAUCCCGUUGCCUCACUGCAAAGAGCGUUCUCGGUAUCAAAGUUCACCACUUGAGCAAAGUGGAUCGAAACCACAGAUUUGACGACUUUUUCCACAAUAUGCUGCCAUCUCGAAUGAUCUUGCUUUACAAAGUCUCCUAGCUCAGACCCCAACACGGAAUCCACGUCAUCCAUGGAUAUAUCAUCAGACUUUUGUCUUUUAGCGUGGC